ACACGCCGGCCGUCCCUUUGCCCGCCGGACACUGGAGCCCCCGUCAAAGCCCCUCGACUCACCGGCGGCCCAGCAAGAUGUUCCAGAAGCCGUUCAAGAUCAAGUCCAACUCUGCGCUCAAGGGCUCGGAUAGGAAAAAACUGAAAUGCGACAUCCAGAAGAAUUUCCCGCAACUGACUGAGACUGAGCUGCAGAAUUUGCUGCCGAACAAGGCGAAUAUAAGCACCGUGAAGGUGCUAACGCACAGCAGCGCCUACGCCAACGUCUUCUGCGUCCAGUCGGACGGAGACGCUGCUCCCGUGCCCAUUUUCUUCGAGGUGGAGAAGGUGCACUAUCCGACAGUGUACCUCCUUUGGAAGCACCCGAAACUCGUGUACCACUUCACUGUGUGGGAUCCAGUCAUUGAUUUCCUUCGAAAAGGCGCCGAUCUCAUGCUGGCUGGGGUGGUCGGCCAUAAGGAGAGUGAUUUUGGAGGCGACUUGAAAACAGGACAACCAGUGGCUGUGAAUACUAACUCAAACAGAGCGUCAGUGGCUGUUGGCAAAGCUGCGAGAAGCAGUCAGGACAUGAAAGCCUUCCCCACUCAAGGAAAGGGCGUGCUCAUUUUGCACGUCGAGGGAGACCACCUUUGGUUCGGAACUGGAGCGAGGCCCAACAUUCCAGACCUGGGACUGCCAGGGGUCGCCCUGGACGAAGAGAGCGAGGAGGAAAAUGCGUCUAGUGCGGAAGUGGAGGAUGCUGAGGAAUCUGCAGAGGUGCAAGAGGAAGGGACUGGCGAAGAGGUGAAAAAUGAGGUAGAGACCGGGCUGGAAGAGAGGCUUCAAGACACAAAGAUUGCAGAGGAAGAAGCUCCAUUGGGUCCAGAUUUCAUGGAUGAACUGCUGCGAUACUGCUUUCUCAAAUCCUGGAAAACAAGUGCCAAGAAGCUGGCCCUUCCUGUGCUGACAAGUAAUUUCUUCCGUCUGCACAUGGUGCCUGCUUGCCCCUCAAGGUACACGUUAGACGUGAAGAAGUCUUCCUUCAAAAAACUCGGAGCUUUUUUAAAAGUCAUGACUCAAAGCGGAGUCAUUACGAUAAGAGAACAAACGAAGGGAGUUGAAACCAUAGUUGCUGUCAAUUUGGAGCAUGAAGACUUGAAGCAUUUUCAUCUCAGAGAGGAUGAUUACGAAGAGCCAAAGCCUGAGGAAAAGAAGGAAAAGGAAUCGCCGCAUAUCCGUGAACUGUACAAAAUCACCGCCCAUGUCGCUCCGAUCUUCAAAAACUAUCAUUGCAAGAAAGGAGACUUGCUUAGUGCGCAGAAUAUCCGGCAACACAUCACAGAAUAUGUGAAGCAAAAUAACCUGCAAGAUCCGAACAAUCCGAGGUUUGUCACCUUGGACGCCACGAUGCACGACGCGCUGAUCGGUGCCGGAGGUGGAUCAGACACUGUUAAUAUAACUUGGGAGGAGGUGAUGCAGAAGUGUCUCUCAAGGAUGACGCAAACCUAUCAUUUGACCGCAACUGGGCCUUUGACCCAGCCAAAGCCUGUCAAGUUGGAGCCCAUCGAUAUUCGGGUCAACAUGAGAUCUGGGAAUAAAAAGGUUACUUUAAUCAACAAUUUGGAGCUGUUUCAAAUCGACAUUCAAGAUUUUGCCAAAAAAUGCCAACACGGGGUGGCGGCGAGUACGAGCAUCAACGAAGCGCCUGGAAAGAAAAGCCGAGAGCUGCUUGUCCAAGGAAACCAAGUCGAUUUUAUUGCAAAGCUCCUUCAAGAGGAUUACAAGAUUCCUGUGAGAUACCUUAGAGGACUGGAGGCAGCUGCCAGCAAAAAGAAGAAAAAUAAGAAAUAAACUUUCAAUUUUCAAAUAA